AUGUGUAGUCCAAGCCAGCAUGCAAGCGCUCAGAACCAGCGACCAGUCCCCCAACAGCGCCAAUCGAAACCAAACAAUACGAACACAAAGAAACUGUGGGAGAACCACCCGGCAAGGACAAGGCCCAUCUUGGAACGCACUGAGAAACCCGAGAUCGCCCUGAGACACCUUGCAAGGCCACUGAGGGAAGUUUCCGGCAACUCAUCGAUGACAGACCGCAGCGGUUGA